AUGACGGGAUUUGAUUUAAUGCUUAUGGGCAUUUGUAUUAUUUCUAAUACGACGAAUUGUGAUCGAAAUCGUUCGCUUCUCAUUGAUGAAAAACGAUAUGAUUGGGAAAAUGAUAUGAAAGUAGUUGAUUUAUCAACUCCUACACAAAAACUUAAAUCCAAAGAUGAAAAUUUGCUACCGAAAGUUAUGAAAAUUACAACACUUGAUAUGCCACCGUAUUCAUCGAUUUAUGAAUUAAAUGGAAAAACAAUGGGCAAUGUAACGUCUUACGCAUUUUAUAUAUUUGAUUUGAUAAGUAAAAAAUUAAAUAUUGAAUAUGAAAUUGUAAUGCCAGAUGAAAAAAUAUUUGGAGACCACAAAAAGGGUGUCAUUGGUUUGUUGCAUGAAAAGAAAGUCGACAUGGCAGUUGCAUUUUUACCAAUAAAUCCUGGUAUGCAUCCUUAUGUAUCGUACAGUCCAAUGUUAACACAAAUUGAAUUGAAAGCCAUGAUGAAAAGACCAGAUAAAUCAGCACUUGGAAUUAAUUUCCUUGCACCAUUUACAAAACAAGUUUGGAUAUUAAUUGUCAUUGCUGUUAUAAUUAGUGGUCCAAUUUUUUUUGGCAUAAUAUAUUUGAGAUCGUACUUAUGGAAACAUUCAAAAACUGAUAAUUAUACAUUUUUACAAUGUGUAUGGUUUACUUAUGGUGCUACAUUAAAACAAGGCUCAACAAGAACUCCAAAAACAGAUCCAAUCCGUGUGUUAUUUGCCAGUUGGUGGAUAUUCAUAGGACUAUUAGCAUCAUUUUAUACUGCAAAUUUAAGUGCGAUUAUAUACUUACCAAAAUUUACAUUGCCAUAUCAUUCAAUUACUGAUAUCGUGAAAGACAAUCGCAUGUGGUCAUCAACAAGUGGACAUUAUAUUGAUUAUGCGUUGAAGCAGCGAAUGAUUAAAGAGGAUUAUCUUAAAAAUUCUAGAGCAAAGAUGCCUCAAAAUGAACGAUGCAAAUUUGUCAUUAUGCCUGAAAUUAUUUAUAAACAGCCAGUUGCAUUUGCAUAUCCAAAAGAUUCUCUAUAUCAAGAAAAAUUUGAUAAAAAAUUACGAAAUCUUGUGGAAUUUGGUAUAAUUAAACAUGUUGAACGAAGAAAAUUACCAUUAGUACCUUACUGUCCAUUACAAUUAGAUGAAGAUAAAAGAACAUUUAAUAUGAAUGAUUUAUCAUUACCAUUCAAAAUAUUAGCCGUAUUAUUAUCAAUAAAAGAUACAGUAGAGACGCUAUUACAUGUUACUGAAGUAUGUACACAUUUAAUAAAUAAUGGUAAAUGUCAAGAAGAAUCAUCAAUUGGUAAAAUACGUAGACAAACAUUAAUAAUGCUUUGUCAAAUGAAUCCAAUUCAAUCAUUAUCAAUAAGUAUUAAAUGUGUUGAAUUAUGUAGAAUGCCAACAUCAGCAAUGACACUAUAUGUCUUAAACGUAUUGGAAAGAUAA